AUGAAGAUAAGAAGGCCUCGUAUGCAGAGAAGCUUGCGUCAAAGCUUCAUUUGUCUUGAUUUUUGCCAUAUAUUUAGGUAUGGACAUAUCUGGAUCACAACCACAUUGGUCUUUAUGCUUUCUUCCUUUGGAAGAAACUUUGCCACAUACCUUAUACAAAAGCUUACUGGUGACACUACUUCUUGGAGCUUCGAUGUCGGCUAUGUAAAUGUAGCGGCUUCUGAAAUCUAUGGUUAUGCAAUUGUGGUGCCAAUGGCAUUUUUCUUGCUUCAAUAUCUGGGUUCAAAUGCUAGCAUUGUACGAUUUUGGUGCAUUUGGGGUUAUUCUCUCUCCAUUUUCAUUCCAACAGCGUUCCUACUGCUUAUUCCAGUCGAGUUUCUACGAUGGAUGAUUAUACUAAUUGCCGGAACGGCUUCAGCAUGCUUUGUUUACUUGAAUUUACAAUCUUAUACCGAGGGGGUGGAUGAUCUCACCAUUAUGGUGGUUGCUGCUUUCUUGUUGCAAAUGGCCCUUGCAAUCUUUAUCAAGGUCUGGUUCUUUCCCUAAACCACACGAAGUCAUCCUGUAUGGUCCGAACACUGCUGUGG